AUGGUUACCGUUGAAGAAAGCGGUAUCGAUCUCGCAUCCAAUCAAAGUUGCGCUGGCAACACCCAUUCUAAAGACGACCCAGUCGGCCUCGUCGGUGUUGUGACGUCUGGUCUCCCAUCCGUCGUACCAGGCACCGGCGUAAGUGAACCGAGUAGCGUCUCUAAUUGGAGCCUUUGGCUUGAUGAGGUUCUCGGCAGCAGCAAACCAUUCGUCAGAAAAUGCCAGCACUUUCCCUCCAAGCUUUUCGCCAAUAACGUCUGUGUAUCUGUUGACCACUUCCUCUUGGAAUUCGGCCUCGCUUAA